UCGUAAUUCACAAAUGUUGCAUAGAGAAAUUAGUGAAGAAAAAGAAAAAGAAAAGAAAGAGGAGAUGGCGCCAUUUUACGGUUGUUAGUGGUUGCAAGCGCGCACACAGUGAGUGACCUGCAUCUGCAUGCAUGCAGUCACACACUCUCUGUCUCGCAUUCUUUAAUCUUUAUCCAGUGAGAAGAGAGAGAGAAAGAGAGGAACCACCGUAACUAACAAUGUUUAACAACCACCAUUACUCUCACACCUUCUGCGUCGCCCUCUUCUUCCUCCUUCUCUCUCUCAUACCAAGAAGCACCUCGCUUCGCUUCAUCGGCCUCACCUACUCCGCCCCCACCGCCACCCCUUCACCACCACCACCAGAAACAAUCUCCGCCGCACUCUCCACUCUCAAAGUCAACUCCCUCCGCCUCGAAGACCCUGACCCAACCGUCAUCCGCACCUUCCUCUACACCAACGUCUCCCUCUUCCUCACCGUCUUCUACCCUCGCGCCAGAAUCACCACCAUCUCCGUCGGCAACGCCUUCCUCGACUCCUACCCUCAGUCCGCCUCCGCCCUCCUUCCCGCCAUCACCAACCUCCACCUCUCCCUUCGCGACCUUGGCAUCCGCAAGAUCACCGUCUCCACCUCCUUCUCCUUCGUCACCGCCAUCUCCACCCCCUUCCCUCCUUCCUCCGCUCAGUUCCAAGAGCCUCCCGGAAUCAACCUCAUCGGACCUCUGCUCCAGUUCUUGCGCGACACCAACUCCUCCUUCUUGAUCAACGUCUACCCUUACAACCUCUACAGGCUCAAAUCCGAGAUCCCCUUAGGGAUUGCUCUCUUUCAAGAACACCCGUUCAAUUUCAGAGACGAUUUGGUUACCGGUGUUCGGUACCGGAAUCUUUUCGACAUGAUGAUCGAUGCGGUGGUGAGCGCCAUGGCGGUGGCGGGCUACGAGAGCAUCCCGAUCGUUGUGACGGAGACAGGGUGGCCGAGUAGCAGCACCGCCGCGAACGAGGUGGAGGCGAAUGUAGGGUACGCGGAGAUAUACCUGAAGGGUUUGGUGAAGCAUUUGAGAUCGGGAAUUGGGACGCCAUUGUUGAAGGAUGGUGUGAAGGAAGUUUAUGUCUACGAGAUGUUUGAUAAAAAGGAAGGAACCACUCCUUCUUCGCGCUCUUGGGGUGUUCUCUACGCUAACGGGACCACCAAGUACCGCAUCGAUUUCUCUUCGUCAAAGUCCAACUACUUGUUGGAGGGUUCUUGGAUCAACGUGGCCCUCAGGGUAUUCCUCUCUUUCUUGGUUUUGGUUCUUUGGAUUUGAUAACAAUUUCAUCAUCAGCUUCAUGUGUAGUCAUUCUUCUCUGAAUCAAUGCUUUUUAGUUACUUUCAUGACUGAUGAAUGUGAUGAGUUUAGAUAGAUACCGAUGAUGUGGAUAGUUAUAGAUAUAGAUAUUGGAUUUUCAGUGUUCUUAGUAGACUAAUGAGUGCUAUGACUCAGAAUUUGAUGGUGUCAGAGAGUUUAGAUUAGAUGAUGACUCAAUGAAAUUUUGGUAUUGAUGAUGUAUUCACCUCAACUCAAGUAAAAUACGAAUCCACUUUUUGUGCAUGUCCCUACCCAGAUUGAUUUGUCUUAUUUUGUAAUAAUAUCUAGAUCCAAUGACUAGUGAA